AUGGCGGUGGCCUCAGAUAAAAAUGGCUCCACCUACCCGAUAUACCGAGAAAGAGUUCCAGCGGACCACGUCCUGAAGGAGCAGACUUUCAAAGAGAAGCUCUGUUUUGUUUGUCUCCGAGUAAGGCCACCACCGCCACAGGAAUGUGUGUAA